CUGGAGAGGAGCCUGCAACCAAGGUAUGUGCCCUUGACUGGGAUCGAACCUGGGACCCCUCGGUCUGCAGGCUGAGGCUCUAUCCACUGAACCAAACGGGCUAGGGCCUGACAUAGAUUUUAACAAAGCUGUAUAGUUAUUCAUAUGCAAAGGCACUGCUCUAAGCACUUUCCCAACAAGCAAAUGCACCUUUGGGGUGGGGGCUCUUGCUUUCCCACCUGACUCCAGCCUGACCCUCCCCCUACAGCCCUGCCCUGCAGCUGUGACAUGGAGGGAGUGACCUGGGGCCUUCUCCUUGUGCUGGCAGGCCUGCCUGCUGGGGAAGCCAGCGACCUGAUUGAUGAAGACAGUGCCUUCUGUUACGACUGGGAGACCCUGCAGCUGGGCGGGAUGAUCUGCGCUGGGCUCCUGUGCAUCGCUGGAAUCUUGUUCGCCCUGAGUGGCAAAUGCAAAUGCAAGCUCAAUCGCAAUCACAGCCCCCUGUCUGAGAAAGUUGUUCCACUCAUCACUUCAGGCUCUUCCAGUGUCUGCUGAGCGAGGACCAGCUCCGUGGCACCGCCAGGGCUAGCUCCCCUGCAGUUGGUUCCCGCCCCACUUGGGGCCUUAGGCUCCUCUGAUCAAAGCUUAUUUCUAAUUAAACUGGCCUUCCUCCUCCCCUGGCCU